UCACGAAGUGUCUUGGAGCAGCUGCAUUUAUUCUUUAAACGUAGUACUUACAAAAUUGUGAGGCACAGAAAAUAUUUCUACAUGUGGAUACCAUAGCACGGCAUGAGGAUUUGUUGUAGCCUGCUGAAUGUAAAGUAUUUUUGAAAAGUACAAUAAAAACAAAGAGAAAGAAACCUUAAGAAUAGUGACUUUGGAUGUAAACUUAAUAUUGGCUAUGUAACCUGUACGAUCUUCCCUUUUAAUGAUAUUAAUAAAAUACACUGCAUGAUUUGUAUUUGAGUGGACGUGAAUUGUAAUUUCUAUAAUAUUUAACAAAUUGAAAUCAUCAGAAAUGGCAGCGAGAUGGAGUAGUGAGAACAUUGUUGUGGAACAUCGAGAACUACAGGCAACAACCAUGGCUUUAGACUGUACAGGACAGUAUGUGGUGCUUGCAGGAAGGAAAUGUGUUGCUAUAAUCAAUUUGUAUGAUGACGGACUAUCUGUGGAGAAAAAGGUUUUCCGUCACAGCAAGUGGGAAGUUAGUUCUGCUGAAUGGAGUCCUCAUCACCCAGAUAUGUUCAUCUUAGCUUGCAACCAAAGGGCUGAACUUCUGACUUGGAAAGAUGGUGAAUUGGUAUCCCAGCAUUUUCUUCGGCAUCAUACACGUACAAUCAGUGAUAUCAACUGGGCUGUUUUUGACCCCAAUGUCCUUGCUACAGCUUCAAUUGACACAUUUAUAUAUCUGUGGGACAUCAGAGACCCAAGGAAACCUAUAGCCUCCUUUUCAACUGUUGCUGGAGCCUCACAGGUAAAGUGGAACAAAGUGACACCAAAUCUCCUGGCUACUGCUCAUGAAGGAGACAUCCGACUUUGGGAUCCUCGG